UUUGGCGCCAAUUAUUUGCAAACAAUCACUUGCAGCUUGCAAAGUUCGGCUCAUUCUUCGUCUUACAUCUAACUUGAUUUUCUAAACCAUAUAUUGUAUUGCUUUAUCUCUAUUACAUAUCAUAGAAAAUUAUAUUUCAAAAUGCCCAGCGACGGAACUGUAUUUUUGCGAUAUACCAAGUUGUCUGAGAAUGCUUUUCCCCCAACAAAAGGAUCUGAGAAGGCUGCGGGUUAUGACUUGAAAAGUGCUUACGAUUAUGUUGUACCUGCCCGCGAUAAAUUGGUUAUCAAGACAGAUUUGCAAAUUGAAUUGCCCUCAGAGUGCUAUGGUCGAAUCGCCCCUCGUUCGGGUUUGGCAGCAAAAAAUUUUAUAGAUGUUGGAGCUGGAGUUAUUGAUGAGGAUUACAGAGGAAAUGUAGGAGUAGUAUUAUUUAACCAUUCUGCUGCUGAUUUUAUUGUCAAUAGAGGUGAUAGAAUUGCACAAUUAAUUUGUGAAAGAAUCUAUUACCCAAAACUAGAAGAAGUCAAAUCUUUAACUGAAACUACACGCGGAGAGGCAGGCUUUGGCUCUACAGGAACUCAAUAAAAAUAUUUUGAUAUUGUUCAAUUAAUUAUAAGUCUACAACAUGAAUUUGUGAUAUCAUUUUUAUAA